AUGUCCAAUUCGGCCCAAGCCCAGACCAAGGCCGAUGCCUCCGAGCAGCCUCAGCAACAGCAGAAGCCCCAAGUGCUCGAGGAGGACGACGAGUUUGAGGACUUCCCCGUCGAGGAUUGGCCUCAGGAAGAAGCCGAGCAGAAUGCCGGGUCCGCAGCGAACGGAGGCAAGGAGCAUCUGUGGGAGGAGAGCUGGGAUGAUGACGAUGCCGCGGAGGACUUCUCCAAGCAGCUGAGGGAAGAGCUCAAGAAGGUCGAAGCAUCGCACUAG